GUCACCUGUUGAGAAAGAAAAAGAAAAGAAUAACUGCUUAACGUUGUUCUCACUCUUCAAACUUUCUCUCUCUACAAACCUAUACAUACACCAUAUAUAUAUAUAUAGAGAGAGAAGGUAGUGAAUCAUGCCAUAAGCUUUCUGUAUACUUUUUCACUGGCCCUCUGUAUUCCUCUGUUGUAUCAUCAUUGUUACAUUUUUUUUAGAGAGAGAAAGUGCUGUUGUAGUAGUAGUUUUUGAGGAUCUUGUAGAGAGAGAAAGUGUUCGUCAAUGGCGAAUAAUACAGUGCAGAGUAAUAGUAGUAACAGUAGUAGUAGUUAUGAUCUGUCGUUUAAGAUCUUGUUGAUCGGAGAUUCUGGAGUUGGAAAGAGUAGUUUGCUUGUUAGCUUCAUUUCUAAUGUCGUUGACGAUCUUGCACCUACCAUUGGUGUCGAUUUUAAGAUUAAGACGCUUACCGUUAGUGGGAAAAGACUGAAGCUUACCAUUUGGGACACAGCUGGACAGGAGAGGUUCAGGACACUGACAAGCUCCUACUACAGAGGUGCUCAGGGGAUCAUUCUUGUCUAUGAUGUAACAAGGAGAGAAACCUUCACAAACUUGUCUGAUGUAUGGGCAAAAGAGGUGGAGCUGUACAGUAAUAAUCAGGAUUGUGUAAAGAUGCUUGUUGGAAAUAAAGUUGACAGAGAAUCUGAGAGAGCUGUGACGAGGGAAGAAGGCAUUGCCUUAGCGAAGGAACUUGGAGGUCUAUUUCUUGAAUGUAGUGCUAAAACUCGAGAAAAUGUGCAACACUGCUUUGAAGAGCUUGCCUUAAAGAUAAUGGAGGUGCCUAGUCUCCUGGAAGAAGGAUCGACUGUCGGGAAGAGAAAUAUCUUGAAACAGAAACAAGAACAGCAAACACAACAAGGUGGUGGUUGUUGCUCAUAAAACGCGUCAAACUCUAGGACUUCAAAAUGACGAUGUGUGCACUAGAUGGUGCAUAUCAAAUAUGUAUAUGUUGUUUUCUUUCUUCUUUACUGUUUUUUUUUAUCCUUGCUGCUUUGAAAGUGGUUAGAAAUGUCAUGUAAAGUAAUAUGGUCGAUGUGGUUAUUGAUUAAUGUUCUUGUUAAUAUUUGCCAGAUUGUUGUCAAAUUGGGUGUUUUUCAUAAUUAUUAAUGUGCAUUUCAUCACUAA